AUGGUGGGGAUGGGGGAAAGGGUGCCGGACGACGAGGGGUCGGCGCGGGAAAUGUUGGAGGGUGGCGAGAGGAGGAGGAACUGUUUGAAGAAUUUGGGGCAAUUUGCGGUAGCAUGGUCCAACGUGAUGGGCUUGCCCGGACUAGAGUGGCCUUUGGGUGCAUAUUUGGCCACACCUCCCCUCCACUGUAUAAGAACAGCUGCAGCAGCCCAAAAGUUUACACAAGAAGAACUGAACAAGCUGCAGCUGGAGAAGGGCGAAGGAGAAAAAGCUAGGGACGAGAACACCGAUCAAACCAGAAGGAAAAUGUCGCUUCUCCUCCUUGUGCUCGUGUAUUUUGUGUCGGCCACACCUUCGGCGACUUUGGCUGCGCCAAAGAACACGUGCAAGUUUGAACUUGCUAGUAUGGCCGUGAUCUCCUGCCAAGAGUCUGUGCAGUCUCCUACACCGUCGUGCUGCGAUGCUCUCAUUUAUGCGGUGGAUCUCGAGCCGGAGUUUGAGUUAGACAAGGGUUCUUGUUGCCUGUGCAAAUUUAUGGCUGCACGGGAUAUUCCCUUUGAUCUUCCAUCCGUGUAUCGUUCUUGUCAUGGCAAAGACUCCAACAUAGUUGUGGCGUGGCCACCGUACAUGAAAAAUUGCAAUGAUGUUUGCCAUGAGGACGAUGUCGACGGGCAAACACCAGUCCCGCCUACCCCUUUUGCUAAGGGCAAACAAACAGGGAAGUCGAUGGACUUAAGAGUUGUUGUUGCAAUAAUAAUUGGAGCCAUUUUGAUUAUUAUUGUGGUGUUGUGUUGUGUUUACUACAAGUGCCCACGUGGCAAGGCACGUGAGUCUCCUGCCACUAGUGAUGACGAGUCUAUGAGAGGUACUGGUGUGGAGAUGGGGGAGAUUGACCGAAGCUUGUCGUCCAGGAAUCUGCUGUAGAAGCAGAACCUCGAAGCACCGCGGUGACCAUAGCAACAACAUUAUGUGGUUGGCCUUAGUUGUGUCUUUUGGCUUGCAUGCCAUCUGUGCUUUGGCUUUAUGCCAUAUAAUCAGUAUGCUAGGAGUUAGGUGUCAAAUCGAUCAUUAACAACUAGUUGUAGAGAGUACUUUUUAAUUAAGACAUUUGCUGCCCAACUAUUGUAGUGAGAUGUUCUUCAAAUUUAUGCUCUGCUACCUACAA